AUGGCCUUCCUAGAUUUGAUGAAUUCCGCUGCUUUAACCUUUUGUGUUAUGGUUUUAGCAGUUUAUAGUCAUCAAACCCAGGCUUUAGGUCGUGACUUUUUAGGUAAGGGAAAGUCUAAACCUGUCGUAGAAGGUUUAUGUGCUUCUUCAAUCGCUAUUCAUGGCUAUAAAUGUCAAGAAAUUGAAGUUACAACUAGAGAUGGAUACAUUCUUAGCAUUCAAAGGAUUUUAGAAGGUCGAGUUAAGGUUGAUGGUAAUGUCACUAAGGAGCCUGUGAUUGUACAACAUGGAGUUUUGGUGGAUGGAGCAACAUGGUUUAUGAACAGUCCAGAACAAAAUUUGCCAAUGAUUCUUGCUGAUAAUGGCUUUGAUGUUUGGGUUGUUAAUACUAGAGGAACCAAAUAUAGUCGCAAACACACCAUCCUAGAUGCCUCCAGUCAGGAAUAUUGGUAUUGGUCUUGGGAUGCAUUGGUUGCUUAUGAACUGCCGGCUGUUUUUGAUUAUGUCUCAAAGGAAACAAGACAGAAGAUACAUUAUGUUGGACAUUCUAUGGGAACAUUGACAGCUUUGGUAUCAUUGGCAGAAGGUAAAUGGAAAAAUCAGAUAAAAUCAGUAGCAUUGUUGAGUCCAGUCGCAUAUUUGAAACGAAUGACAACAGCAAUUGGAGCUAUUGCUGCAAGAUCCUUACUCGCCGAGGGUUUUAGUUUUAUGCACAUUGCCGAAUUCGAUCCCAAAGGGACUCCUGUAACUGGUUUUAUUCAGGAUAUUUGUGUUGAAUCUGGACUAAACUGUAAUAGCCUGUUUACUUUAAUAACAGGUGAGAAUUGUUGCUUAGAAAAAUCAGCUUUUGAUGAGUUCAUGAAAAUUGAACCACAAUCAUCAUCAACAAGAACCCUUUUUCAUUUAGCUCAGAUUGUUCGAAGUGAUACAUUGUCAAAAUUCGACUUCGAGAGACCACACUUAAACUUGUUGUAUUAUGGACGACUAAGACCUCCGACCUACGACCUCUCGAAAAUUCCAAACAACAUUCCAAUUUUCAUGAGCUACGGUGGUAAAGACGCACUUUCUGAUGUCGCCGAUGUUCAGAAGCUGUUAAAUGACCACUUUCAGAACCAUGACAAAGACAAGCUUAGUGUUCAAUUCAUUGAAAACUAUGCUCAUGGUGACUACAUGUUUGCUACGAAUGCCCAUGAACUAGUAUACAAUAAUGUUACAUCUUUCUUCAAACGUAAAUUUUGA